AUGAGCGAUAACCAUCCGCAGCUUCGACACGACUGCACGCUUAAGCUGUUUCAGAAAUUGGAAUCUGCAGUCGGUUCUGGUGGAGAAAUAUAUCAUGUGAACUAUCUAGCUGACCACAUUGGGAGUUUGUAUAAAUCGGGAGAAUGUAGUGAUAUCACAUUAAAGGUCGAGGGCUGUUUGAUUCCAGCACACAAAAUCAUUUUAGCAGCUCGGAGUCAAUAUUUCAGAGCUCUUUUAUUCAAUGGAAUGCGUGAGUCGAGAAAUACAGAAAUCGAACUUUUUGAUACUCCGCUAAAUGGCUUUAAGAUGUUAAUGAAUCUCUACAGAUAUAUAUACACUGGUAAAUUACUACUAAGCUCGAUCAAAGAGGAAUUAGUGCUUGAGGUACUUGGAUUAGCUCAUAAAUACGGUUUUACAGACCUCGAAAUAUGCAUUUCAGAUUAUAUGAAAGCAGUGCUGAAUGUCCGAAAUGUUUGUACAAUAUUUAGUGCUGCACAUCUUUAUUCGUUACAUUCUUUGUGUGAAGUUUGCUUAAACUUCGCUGAUAAAAAUGCUACUGAAACUAUUUCAACUCAGGGUUUUCUAGAACUUCCUGCAAAUGCAGUAGAACAAAUGGUACAGCGCGACUCACUGUGUGCUCCGGAAAUUGACAUAUUUCGAGCUGUUAAAGAAUGGAUCCGAAUGCAUCCUGAAUCGGUAGAGGAAGCGCAGAUGAUCAUUGCACGACUGCGUCUUUCUUUAAUAAAUCUGGAUGAUUUGCUUAAUAUUGUGAGGCCUUCUGGUUUAGUUGCUAGUGAUGCCAUUUUAGAUGCUAUCAAGGAAAGAAAUGAAAAAAAAAGUGGUGAACUGAACUACAGGGGGUUUUUGUUACCGAAUGUAAAUGUGAUGACUUCCACGUUCAAUGCCUCAGUAUUAACUGGCGAAGGUUCAAUCGCACUUCUCUCAGGCGAAACAAGUCGGUUCGAUAUAGAUCGUGGUUUCACAACUCAUGCUAUCGGUGCUAAAAAUCCCGGUAUCAUUAUUCAGCUUGGUCGUCCUUUCGUCAUCAAUCAUAUUCGACUUCUUUUGUGGGAUCGCGAUCAGAGGUCGUAUAAUUAUUACAUAGAGGUAAGCAUGGAUCAAGAAGUCUGGACACGAGUGAUUGAUCACACACAGUAUCUUUGUCGGUCACGACAGAUGCUGUAUUUUACACCUCGAGUAAUCAACUUUGUACGCAUUGUCGGAACUUACAAUUCGGUAAAUAAUUUAUUCCAUUUGGUGAGUAUUGAAGCUAUGUAUACAACGGAAACAUUUGAUGUUGACCCAGUCACUUCUCUACUUAUUCCUAGUGAGAAUGUUGCAACAAUUGCAAACAAUUCUGUUGUUAUUGAAGGGGUUUCACGCAGUAGAAAUGCUUUAAUUAAUGGUGAAACCAAUAAUUAUGAUUGGGAUAAUGGUUAUACUUGUCAUCAAUUAGGAUCUGGGGCGAUCGUUGUGCAGUUACCGCAACCAUAUCUUGUUGACUCAAUGCGUUUACUUCUUUGGGAUUGCGACGACCGUCAUUAUUCUUACUAUGUAGAAGUCUCCUGUGACAAUGUUAAAUGGGUCCGUAUAAUUGACAAAACCCAACAACAUUGCAAAGCUUGGCAGGUAUUGAAAUUUGAACGUCGCCCAGUUGUGUUUAUUCGUCUCGUUGGUACCUAUAAUUCAGGUGAAGUAUUUCAUGCUUAUGUAAAUGAAGUGUUUCACUGUGUACAUUUUGAAUGUCCAAUACAAAGAAUGGCUCUCAUGCCACCUGGAUCGUUUGGUGCUAUCACGAGUAGAUUGUCAGACGGCACCGCUAGGAGUGAUAACAAUGAUACAGUGCAGCCCGUAGCGUCUGUAGAUUCCGCAGUGAUUUUAGCAGACGAAUCUUCUCAUGAGUGA